AUGGCUGUUGCAACACCCACCCAUAACCGGCUGAAGCUGACUCCAGCCAACUCUCCGUUCCUAAACCGACAGACUCGUUCGCCGCUUCGCCCCCGCCUCUCCCAUGAACCCCGCCUGGCUUUGAAAAGAGUGAUUGGAACGACGUGCACCUCACCCACGGGAUUUGACACCGUCAAUUCGUCCUUUGCAUAUGUAGCUGGUGCUGCAGUGGUGGUGGUGGAUGUGUGCGGGGACCAAUACUUGCAGCGAUUUUACCGAGCUCGGCCUACGACCUUGCCCAUCUACCAGGCGGCGACCUUCCAGAAUAAUUCUUCUACUCCAGUCGGAACUCCCAAGGCCAACGACAGUCGCGGGCGAGUCGCCGCCAGGGAUUCACCCUAUUCUGACUGGGACUCGCCGAGCUCCAAAACCUGGACCAGCCGUGAGCGUGUGAAGGCUGCAACCUGUCUAGCCCUAAGCCGGGAUGGAAAAUACCUGGCCGUGGGUGAAACGGGAUAUGCACCACGGGUUCUAAUCUUUAACUUACAUGAUGCGUCGUCGGAUGUACCGCUCGUUUCCAUAAACGAACAUGCCUUUGGAGUCAAGGCCGUGGCCUGGUCGGCAGACUCUCGGUGGCUGGCCACCCUGGGUGCUGCCAACGACGGCUUCCUCUAUGUCUGGAGGAUCGAUCCCCGAACCGGUGCUGCAAAGCUGUUCCAGCAGAACCGGUGUACGUCCCACAUCAGAGAUAUGGUGUGGCUGGGCAACUCUCUCCUCACUCUAGGAUUGCGUCAUGUGAAGAUGUGGAAAGUCGAGGAGGGGCCGGCAAUCUCGCCCACAAAGCAGAGGUUCAUGAGCGAGUCGGCCCCAACACCUCCAUCCCAGAGAACACUGCCUGGACGCAACGUUCUGCUGGGUGGGCUUCUUGAGUCAACUUUCAGCUGUGCCUGUGUUGACAAGAACAGGCUGAUCAUCUGCACCGAGUCAGGCGACGUCUGUAUUCUGGACGAUGAUGACAAGCAAAUGAAGCUGGUCAAAGUCCUUAACUUGGGAUACAACAUUACUUCUAUCAUCAUUAGGGACAAUCUCGCUUACAUAGGUGGCAGCCAAGGGCAAUUGUCAACCGUGGAUGUCGGGGGCCUCAUGGAGGGCCUUGCCACGAGUGUGUUGAGAACAACACAGGCAACAAAUGGUGUGCUUGCCAUCGGAUUCCUGACGAACAAACUCGUCACGAUUGAUUCUAAUCAGUCUAUCGAUAUUUGGAACCCGGAUCAUUUCCCCGGAGACGAAACCGAAACAGAAGCGUCGAUACCAAUUCCUGGCGUUGGAGAGGCGGUUGCUGGAAUCCAGCCGCUGCCGAAAUCGAACAAUAUAGGAGCUUCUUUCCUGACCUGGUCGGGCUCGGGGAAGGUUACAUUCUGGGAUGUGGAAGGGCGUGUCAAAUUAUCUAUGGACAUCGCCCUUGAUACAUCAGACUUUGAUGCCGAGUUUGGCCUGGCCAACCAGCUGACUUGUGCUCAAGUAUCAGCCAGUGGAAAACUACUCGCCACGGCUGAUCGUCAAGGUAUUCUGAGACUGACGGAUACCGAAACUAAAGAGUGCCUGCUCGACACGAAGGCUCAUUCCGCUGACUGCCUCGGCAUCAGCAUGUUCGAAGACGAGAAAAACUUUCUGAUGGCUUGUUGCGGACGUGAUCGGACGACACAGCUGUUUCACAGAGCCUCAGAUGGCAGGAUCGAGCAUUUCCAGACGCUUGAGUUCAAUGCUAAAGUGGUCCAAGUAUUGAUCCCGUCAGACGACAGAGUUGUAACAUGCUCGACAGAUCGAACUAUGCAAGUUCAUGAUAUAGUCUGCAAAAUGGACGACCCCGAUACCAUUGCCGCCAUCCCUGCGAGGGUAAUCCCUCUCAAGGUUUCACCAUCCUCCAUGGCAAUGAGCCAAGACGGCAAGAACAUCUUUGUCUCCUAUCUCGACCGAUCCUUCUCCCAGUUCGACCUCGCCACCGGCCGCCAAAUUGCCAACUUCAAAUGUCUUGAUGAGGGAGGAGUUGAAACAGCCGUUCUUGACUCCCUCUGCUUUGGUAAUUGGGAGCCCAAGGAUCAAGAUUUUUUGCUUGGCUGUUCCAACACAGAUAAGUCGAUUAGACUUUAUGAUGCGAAUUCGGGCUCGUUUUUGGACCGGGAAUGGGGCCACACUGAAGCUAUCAAUGGUGUGGCUCUAAUCGAUAGUGAGGAUGGGAGUCGAAGGGUCGUCAGUGUAGCUUCUGAUGCGACUAUAAUGAUCUGGACAUUGGACUUGGACGAUCCACUACCAAAAUCGAUUAGCAGAGACCCUUCGCCAGCGAAAGACGGGCCAACGGGACGCCCAACGUUGAGAAGGGUAUUAUCAAAGGCAGAUUUGGCCGAAUUUCAAAGACCAACGCCAGGUAGCCGCCAGUCAUCACCACCGCGAACACUCAGACGGCGAGCAUCACGAAAGACGAUUCUGACCAAUAUAAUUAAGACACCCAGCGGGCCCCAGUACGCAAGCCCCAGUACCAUCAGCAUUGCGGAGGACACACCCUCACGUCGGCCCUCUGAUGGAGGCCGCACAGCGAGCCCCCCUGCCAGCCCCAAGUCCAAAGUAAAGAGAAGGCCCUCUCUACCAGCUUUGGGCACGAGCGUUAACAGGAAAACUUCCGGGGGUUCCACCCUUCCAUCAUUUGGAAGCCUAAAUAUGUCAACGGAGCAAGCAUGCCGCACGUUGAGAGCUUACAGAAAAAAGCUCGCAUCUGCAGAACCAAUCAACGCCGAGGUUCUCGCAGAGUUAGAUCAAGAGUUGAGGCUUACAGCUUCCGCCUUGGGGGAUAGGGCAAUCAGAAGCAAAGCUAUGAAUGAGACAGUCUUGAACGGUCUGUUGGACCAAUACUCGGAAAGACUAGUCACAAUGCUAGACGAGAAAAUGCGCCUCAGCUAUCAACCCAAGGAGCAGGGUAAUGAGGCCGCAAGCGAGAUGAGAUCUCGGAGUCUAGAUGGCGAUUCAAGUGAAUCAUCGCCAUAA